GACCUCAGUUCGCCUGGUAACAGAGAAAGCGUCGCUAGGAAGUGAAUAGUGCGAUGAGUUCGCGGCAAAAAAAUAGCUUUUUUGAGGCAAUCUACGGCGAAAGUUUACGAAUACCGGGAACGGGAGUACAGUUUAUCUGUGAGAAGAAGGGAGUAAAGUUGUCUAAUUUAUCACAAUUAUGCGUCGUCGAGUACUAGCUAGCUCAUUCACAUCUCGUGGCAUGAGAGAUAAAACAAGAUUAAGUUAGCAAGCUAGCUAGCCAGCAGCUAGCUAGCUUAGUAGUCAUAGUCAAUUACGCACCCCAGCUGGGCAGCGGAAGGUGGUUGACAGUUGAAGAAUAACACUACCCUCAUCUGCUCAUAUGGGUUGGGGACCUGGGUGGUAGCUCUGCUUGCUUCCACAGCCAGGUUGUUCUGACACAAACAUGGGGAAACUUCAGAGCAAGUUCCGAAGGUCGCGCUCUGAACUGUACAGGGCGACCAAAGGUGAUGGCGAGGAUGCUGCUGUUAGUCAGGUGAUACAGUAUGAACCCGCCCACCGUGAUGCCGUCAACUGUGUCACCAACCUGACCUCAGACCUCUGUGUGUCUGGAGGAGGUGACAUGGCAGUGGUUGUGUAUGACUGGAGAGGAGGGAAGUUAUGUCAGUCAUUCCAAGGUCACAACAGAGAGGUUACCAAGGUGGAGUGUUUUCCUGGAAGCACUUGGAUCUUUAGUGCGUCUCGAGACAAGAGUGUUAUGAUGUGGGAUCUCAACCAGGGGGAUGAGCCCAUCCAGGAGUUCUGUGGCCAUGAGCUGGUGGUCAACGGGCUGGCCGUCAGUCCAGAUGGGUCGAGGCUGUGCACUGGUUCCCGUGACAACUCCAUGUGCCUCUGGGACAUUGAGUCUGGCGAGCGUGUGCAUAAGAACACAGUCUCCAGAAACCUGGUUACUCAUGUGUGCUGGGUACCUGAGAGCAGCUCCAUCGUUCAGACAUCAGAGGAUAAAACCAUCAGGGUGUGGGACAGUCGCACCUGGCAGGUCACUAACACGUUCCCAGCCAAGCAAUACAUCCAGACACACUGUGAUAUCAGCGCCAACGGCAACCACCUCCUGUCCAGCAGCAAUGGCUUCGGAGGCCAAGGCUGUGAGGCUACGCUUUGGGACCUCAGGCAGCCUGGCUGUAAGGUGGUGGAGUACCGGGGCCAUCGAGAGACCACCGCUUGCUGUGUGUUCCUGCCCUCCAGCCCCGGGGGCCCUGCGCUCGUAGCGUCCUCCUCUCAUGACUGCUCAGUCAAAAUCUGGGAUCAAAACACUGCAGCCUGUCUGACCACUCUGACCCUGGAUGGAUCAGGUCCUUUGGUGUCUUUGGCUCCAAGUGACUCCAGCAGUCUGCUGUGUGCCAGCUUUAACACAGGGCUCCACAUACUCCACCAUCACAAGGAUGGGCUGGACCUAAAGGAGGUGGCACGCUUCUGAUGAGGGCACAGGACCGGUGCCGGCACGGUAACCCGAAAACCCGUUACACUGUGGGCCACACAGACCUCCAAGCCAGCGGGGCCCUUUUAAGUCAGAUGGACCCGAUCAGGAGACACCAUCCCUGGGUCAACUGAUGGGAGAAGACCCCUGCGAGUCAUUCUAAAUCAGGGCGAGCCCUAGACAUUGUACUCAGAGCAUCAGGCGAGGCCCAACUGCUUCGGGACAACAGAAAUGUUUUGGAUGUUUGGAGACUAAGUGGAUAGUGAUAGCUUUAGCACGUACAAUUAGCCAAAUUAAGUAGACAAUUGUGGAAUCGUUAAUCAGAUAGUUUAGGAAAAACUGUAACCACUAAAAUAGAGCGGGCAGAUAAAUCAUGAAUCGUUUAGAGCAGGGGUGUAUUCACUAGGAACCAAACGGGCCCGAAACGUGGAGGGACUAAUCCUGAACUUGUCCAAUAAGAGCAAAUGUUCAUUGCAAAAUAUUCAGUUGCAAAAAUGUAUUUUGCUUCGGUGUGCACUAAUGAAUACACCCCAGUCGUGUCCAAACUCUAAUAAAGUGUCUACUUCAGACCGGACUAGGGUGAAACUUGACAGGAGGAGAGUGACACUUACGUUCUUACGACAGUUUAUUUGAAAUGGCUUCACGACCCCAUUUUUAAUAAUAUAAUAACUUACCACAUUUUAUCAGCCGCUUUUAUCCAAAGUGACGACUUAGUCAUGCAUGCAUAUAUUUUUUAUUUUUUUUACGUAUGAGUGGUGCCGGGAAUCGAACUCACUAUCCUGGUGUGGCAAGCGCCAUACUCUACCAAUUGAGCUACAGCGCAACCAGGCAGUGCUAAUGUCGACCCAGCUUGUGAUACUCGACUUCUGUGACAUACUCCGUUAUUAUGCUGGCAAAAAUUGGAACUUCCCUUCUGCAAUGCCCACAAGCAGGACUCCAUUAGAACAGAAUGGACAAGCAGAACUCAUUAGAACAGAAUGGACAAGCAGGACUCCUUUAGAACAGAAUGGACAAGCAGGACUCCUUUAGAACAGAAUGGACAAGCAGAACUCAUUAGAACAGAAUGGACAAGCAGGACUCCUUUAGAACAGAAUGGACAAGCAGGACUCCUUUAGAACAGAAUGGACAAGCAGAACUCAUUAGAACAGAAUGGACAAGCAGGACUCCUUUAGAACAGAAUGGACAAGCAGAACUCAUUAGAACAGCGUGGACAAGCAGAACUCAUUAGAACAGAAUGGACAAGCAGAACUCAUUAGAGCAGCGUGGACAAGCAGAACACAUUAGAACAGAAUGGACAAGCAGAACUCAUUAGAACAGAAUGGACAAGCAGAACUCAUUAGAACAGAAUGGACAAGUCCGACAAGCAGAACUCAUUAGAACAUAAAGGACAAGCAGAACUCAUUAGAACAGAAUGGACAAGCAGAACUCAUUAGAACAAAAUGGACAAGCAGAACUCAUUAGAACAAAAUGGACAAGCAGAACUCAUUAGAACAGAAUGGACAAGCAGAACUCAUUGGAACAGAAUGGACAAGCAGAACUCAUUGGAACAGAAUGGACAAGCAGAACUCAUUGGAACAGAAUGGACAAGCAGAACUCAUUAGAACAGAAUGGACAAGCAGAACUCAUUAGAACAGAAUGGACAAGUCCAACAAGCAGAACUCAUUAGAACAGAAAGGACAAGCAGAACUCAUUAGAACAGAAUGGACAAGUCUGACAAGCAGAACUCAUUAGAACAGCGUGGACAAGACCAAGCACUAAAUCAGACUGGGGGGGGAAUAACAUCAAUGACGAUGUAACUUUCUUCACAGAAAAACAUACAGUAUAAAAUGAUUGUCUGAUGAUCUUCUGAACUUCCCAAUGCAUUUCAAAACAUAUGUCCUUCAGAUUGAAAUACUGUCUAAAGUACUGUCAGACUGAUUUGUAAUAGACUGUCAUAGGCCCAUAUUUAAAAAGUUAACCAUGGCUGUUGAUUACAUCACUUUUUUUUUUUUUUUUUUUUUCAAAAUAUUGGGGUCGCGAAAACAUUUUUCAUAUCCAAGUUGGAUCGCGGGUCAAAACAGUUUGGGAAUCCCUGCUGUAGAUAGUUACCUCUGAGGAAUUGGAUAGGCACGGAGAGACACUAUACCAACACAUCACAAAAGGGCUUUAGCUACAGGAGUUAACUGGCCAGUCACAUGGCUAACACAUUCUGAUGGGAACACAUCCCAUACAGUUUCAAGUUUUAAUGUCAUGUGCACAAGUACAGUGAAAUGCCUUUUCUUUCAAGCUCCAAUUGUAGCACACAAAAAAAGAACACAAGGUAGAACAAAAAUAGAAAAUAACAAGAACAAAGUAAGAAGCCACAGUGGGCCUGUAUAUACACAGGGUCAGUUCCAAUACCAUAUUAACAAUAUGCAGGGAUACAAUAUGCAGGGAUACUGGAGGGAGAGGUAGAUAUGUAGGGGUAAGGUGACUAGGCAUCGGGAUAUAUGAUAAACAGUGUAGCAGCAGCGUAAAUUAUGAUUGUAUGCGGGUGUGUGUGUGUACGUGACUGUAGAAUCCAGUGGGUGUGCAUAGAGUCUUGUGCAAAAAAAUAAAAUACACAGGUCAACUCAGAAGACCAUGUAGCCAUUUUGUUAGCUAUUUAGCAGUCUUACGGCUUAGGGAUAGCAGCUGUUCAGGAGCCUGUUGGUGUCAUACAAACAUACACUGAAUGAAAAAAUCUAAAGAGUAACAUGUAAUGUGGUGGUCCCAUGUUUUCAUGAGCUGAAAUAAAAAUAAAAAAGAUCCCAGAAAUGGUUCCAUAUGAACAAAAUGCUUAUUUCUCAAAGAUGUUGUGAACAAAUUUGUUUUUACCUUCCUGUUAGUGAAUAUUUGAUCCUUUUGUCAAGAUAAUCCAUCCACCUGACAGGUGUGGCAUAUCAAGAAGCUGAUUUAAACCGCACGAUUAUAACACAGCAGCACAUUGUGCUGGGGACAAUAAAAGGCCACUCUAAAAUGUGCAGUUUUGUAACACAAUGCUACAGAUAUCAAGGUUUGAGGGAGCGUGCAAUUGGCAUGCUGACUGCAGGAAGGUCCACCAGAGCUGUUGCCAAAGAAUUGAAUGUCAAUUUCUCUACCAUAAGCCGCCUCCAACGUCGUUUUAGAGAAUUUGGAAGUACGUCUAACCGGCCUCACAACGGCAGACCACGUGUAACCACGACCUCCACACCCAGCUUCAUCACCUGCGGGAUCAUUUCUGUCUGUAAUAAAGCCCUUUUGUGGGGGGCUCAUUCUGAUCGGCUGGUCCUGGCUCCCCAGUGGGUGGGCCUAUGCCCUCCCAGGCCCGCCCAUGUCUGCACCCCCACCCCGUGUCAUAUGAAAUCCAUAGAUUAGAGCCUAAAGGAAUUUAUUUAAAUUGACUGAUUUCCUCCUUAUAUGAACUGUAACUCAGUAAAAAUCUAUAUCUAAUCUAAUUUAUAUUUUUGUUCAGUAUGCAUACAAACAUUGCAUCAGUGUCAACCAUGAGUGGCAUAGUGAGGAGCCACAAGCAUGAGAUUCCACUGUUCUGUGUAAUAAUCAAUGAUGCUCUUGGUUGAAAUCUAACCGUCCCAUUGUUUCCUAUGGCUUGCGUCACAAAUGGGACCCUAUACCCUAUAUAUAGCGCACUACUUUGGACCAGAGCCCUAUGGGCCCUGUUUAAAAGUUGUUGCGCUAAACAGGGAAUAGGGUGUAAUUUGGGAUGCAAGCCAUAUUUAAACUAGAAUAAGAGAAGGGGUGUGUGGGUCCCGUUGUGUUAGCUCUGUCUGUGUUGGUCUUUAUGUUUGAUCUAAUAAAUCGGAUUGUUACUGUA